AAGAUCUUUGAGUACUAACCCAUGGCAAUCUCUCACGUUCAUCCUAUGUUUCUUCUGGUCCUAUCACUAUUCUUCUUACCUAUUUUGCUGGCCCAGACCGCCUUCAUUACCAACUGCAGCCCAGUGUUUGGCGGAAUCAGAGCUACUGGAUUGGAGACAUUCGUGGAGCAGGGGAGAAAAAGCUUUAACUUAACCUGCUCUACAGAUACAGUACUCACCAAAGGAGUCAUUAUUGCGGUAGUUAAACGAGGCUACACAUUAGGACCAAUCUUAAAUGUACAACGAUACAAUCUCUGUGAUUUGAUCACAUGUCCUGUUGCACCUGGCUCUUUUGUGAUUACUUUUCGCAAACUAUAUCCUGUUGGCAUAAAAUGGCAUAUCGAAACAAAAAUAGUUUAAAACGCAGGCCCUGAUAAGAUCGUUAAUGGAGUGCCGGUGCCGGCCGAUGGAAGUCUCUGUGUAGACAUCGAUGAUUAUUAUUUUCCUUGAUCAGAAGGAUAUAAUGUGUCCAAUCUUCCCUUGCAUAAUUUCAAAUGCGUAUGUGAUUUUU